CGUGGGCCUGAGGCCCAUGGUUACAAAGCCCAUAAAAAAUUAAGCAAGACCAGAGCGGCCUAGCCCAUGCCCAUCAUGGUGACCGCCCGACACUGACGUCAAUUGCACGUCAGUAAACCGCCCGACAGAAAGACUGAGGCUCUGCCAGAUAGAGAAAGUCAGACAUUCGUACUGACACAACAUUUAAUGAGUCAAGAGGCGUCCCAGACCGCCCGACACAACGUAAAUCCCUCAGCCCCAAGACCAAGCUAGUAUAAAUAGCCCCAAAGGGGCAGCAUUUAUGGUAACUCCGAUCAACUGAAUUCUCUCUCUUAUUUACAUUCACCCACUUCUCUCUCUAACUUAGGCAUCGGAGGAGGUCCCAGGUUACCCCUGAGGACAUUUCUUGCAGGAUCCUGGAGACCGCCUUUCAUCUACUGAAGCCGCCAGAGGUCGUGGAGUCUCACACACCCACCUGGGACGAUCCAGGCGCAAGCACAAACUAUUCAUCAUCACAUCACUAUAUUUUCUAUUAAUAAUAAAAAAAAAACCCAUUUUACAUAGCAUCAACUUUACUUUGUACAAACUACAAACACUUAAACAUGUUUUUCCUCCAACUUCGUUCAUUUUGGUACCACCCACCUUGCGUCCUUACCUACGGCUACAACUGCAUUGUUUGUUCGCUAGUCACUAUCCAGUCUCCCACAAAAUUAUUCUUUAGGAAAUACAUUUAUUAACCUUUCUUGUAUCCCCUGCUGACGAACUCGCUCUGUUACUUCACUUACCAUAUCUGUGACCAAAUUGCAUUAACGUUACAUACCCUUGCUCUCAUGUGACUUACCAUUUUUGGGAUUACAUAUCAAUGUGGGCCACAUAAAUUUCCAGGAACCAAUCAAAAUCGAAAUCCUCAAACCAAUACAAGAAGAUCUCACUUCUCCAACCCACAAUCUCUGUAAUCGGGCAUUCCUCAAAAAAUGGCGAAUCGGUCGUCAGGCAGGAGAAAUCCCCGGCGAGCAACGUGGCCGCCGUGGGCAAUCACGUGCAUCCCUCUCCUGCUAAACGCCGCCGCCAUCUACAUCUUCGGUUCGAGCAGGAAAUUCGAGUCGCUGCCCAAACCGGACUGGUUUCCUCCGCUGUGGGUGAUUUAUUUGGGCUCGAUCGGGUCGAGUUUGGUAAUGGGCCUGGCGGCGGCGAUGGUUUGGGCUGGCGGCGGGUUCGGCGGCGGGGGCGCGGCCGUGCAUCUGUACGUUUGUGAGGUGUCGUUGAGCGUUGUGUGGCCGCCGCUCGUGGUCCGGAUCGGAGCCGGGUUGGUGGGAGCGGUUUACUCCUGCGCGCAUUUUGGGGCGGUUUUGGGGUGCUACUGGGCUUUCGGGAGGAGGAGCCCGAAGGCGAGGAAGCUCGUUGGGCCGUGUUUGGGCUGGGCCGGGUUUGUGACGGUUUGCACGUUCAAGCUGGUUCGUGAUUCCCAGGUUUCUACUUUGUUGGAGUUGGUUGAUUUGUUUGUAGGGUUUCUGGUUGGGUGAUUUGGCUGGAUUAGGAUGGGAGUGUUUAGAGCUUUACUGUCUGUGUAGUGUGUAGUUUGUUAGUGGUUAGCCUGGGAGGUGUGAAGGCUUGUUCUGGAUAAAUGGAAGUAUUUGAUUCGAGAUUGAGAAAUGUUAUUUUGUUUUUUAUUAAGUAUGUUUAAUUUCAAGUGAUUCCGGUUCUCGAUUAAUUGUUUUAUUGUGAGCGUUGAAUGAACACUUGACAUAUUGUUUACAAAAUUUUAACCACGUAGGUCCAAUAAUCAUGAGGUGCCCAAUACCCGAUCGGACAGACUAGGAAUGCAAUAAGUGCCGUAACUAGGGAUGAUAAUUUCGACCUGACCCGUUUUACCCUAUCUGUUUGGUCGGUUUUGUGGCGGGUCCGCCCCGCCCCGCCUGGGCGGGCAUGGGUACUCUCAUCGACCCAACCUGCCUUGACCCGGCCCGUUCUUGCCUAAAUUACAUGUAAUCUUAGUCAAAUUACUUUGAAUUUUUCUUUUAUUACAUCAUAAUUUAGCUAUAAUAAAGUUGUAAAUUAGUG